GGGACUUCCUGUGCAAACAUAUACUCACAGAAUGAAUAUAAAUGUUAGAAGAUGCGCAAAUUUUAGUUCAGUCGAAGAAGAAUCGUUUUAGAAUCGAGUUCAAGAAUAAAAUAACUGUGUUUUGUGGAAGUUAAGAUGGCAAAACUAACGAUCUCAAUUUUACUUCUUGCUGUUACCGUUUUAAUUCGAGCAGCUCCUCAACCUGGUCACGGAUAUGGACCUCCAGACCACGGCCAUGGUUUUGGUCACGAUUAUAAAGAAUACGGUCAUGAUCACAAAGAACAUCACUAUGAACCACAAAAACAUGAUUUUGGUCAUCAAAAACAUGGUGAAGAACAUGGUUUUGACCACGGGCACAAAGAACAUCAUUACGAGCCACCAAAACACGAAUAUGGGCACCAAAAACAUGAAGAGCAUGGAUUUGGACACGACCACAAAGACUACGGCCACGGAUAUAAAGAACAUCAUUUCGAACCACAAAACAAGAAUAUGGACAUCAAAAACAUGAAGAGCAUGGAUUUGGACACGACCAUAAAGAUUUUGGACACGGGUACGACCACGAUCAUCAAAAACACGACUUUGGACAUCCCCCACACGGCUACAAGCCACCUCAUGGACAGGAUUAUUACAAAAAGUCCCACGAUUAUCCCCAUCCUCAUCCCUUAUAAAGACUGAUUCAGUACUAACUAAUUCCGGUGACUAAUAAUAAUUAAAAUAAGUAAAUAAAUAAAUUUUUGUA